AUGGACUAUACAAUUGUGGAUUUUUAUGGGCCACAAAAAUCACGAUGUGGUUAUUGUAAGGGCACCCAAUGUUCGGUGGGAGAUGGCAUGCACGCUUACGUUAUGGCACCUCGGGAUUAUCAGGAUUUAAUAGAUCGAGGAUGGCGUCGCAGUGGCCAUUAUUGCUAUAAACAAGAUAAUACAAAGACCUGUUGUCCCCAUUACACCAUUAAAUGCGAUGUAUCGGAAUUUAAAUUAUCCAAAUCGCACAAGAAAAUCAUAAAACGUAUGAAUCGUUUUUUGCGUGAUGGUAAAAGGGAUAAAAAUGAAGAGGGGCAAUCAACGCCGCAGACAACAAAUGGCACGGAGAAUGGUGACCGAGAUGAGGAUAGUAAUGCAGCUAUGGGUUGUGGUAUACGUGAAGAGGUGCAGGCCCCAAAUGUCCCCAUAAAAGAUAUUAAUUUGGAACAAUUUGCCAAGGCCAAUGGGGAAAAGGAUAGUGAAGAGAAAUCGGCGAAGGAAAAAACACCCAGUGUUGAUGUACAAAAACCGAUUAAGAAAUCGGCAGAGGAUGAUGAUACACCCAAUAAUAGUAGGAAAUCAGACAGUGACAUUACCAAACCGCCCUGCAAGAAGGCCAAACAAAUGCGUUUGGAGAGAAAAUUGGCAAAACAGGCCGCCAAAGGCUUGCCUGCCGUGAUUGAAAAGAAACCUCCCAGGAAUCAAGAGAAAACCUUAAAGGAAUUUCUCAAUGAGGCCAAACCGGAUGAUAAACACAAGUUAAAGAUUGUUCUAGUACCUUCAAGUUCAAGUAUUUACACGGCCACAACUUUUGAUUUAUAUUGUAAAUAUCAACUAACCAUACAUAAUGAUAAUCCUGAACGUUUAGAACCUAAAAAGUUGCAACGCUUCCUAUACAAUACACCCUUAAAGUUCGAAAUGAUCCAUGUGAGAAGUGAAGAGUUUGAAAAAACCCUACCACAAACAUAUUCACUAUAUGCCAAAUAUCAAACACACAUACACAAUGAUCCACCGAAUGCUGUACAAGAAUAUUUGGAUUUUUUGCAACGGUCACCGUUGAAGCUUUCUAAGCCCUCGGAUGGACCACCCUUGGGUUAUGGCUCCUUUCAUCAACAAUACUAUUUGGAUGAUAAACUUAUUGCGGUGGCCGUCAUUGAUAUCUUGCCAUAUUGUGUUAGUUCGGUUUACUUCUUUUAUGAUCCUGAUUAUAAUUUCCUCUCCUUGGGUACUUAUAGUUCUUUAAGAGAAAUUGAAUUGGUACAAGAACUUUCAAAAACGGUUCCUGAUCUUAAGUAUUAUUAUAUGGGUUUCUAUAUACAUUCCUGCCAAAAAAUGCGUUACAAAGGUAAAUUAUCUGGCUCCUAUUUAUUAUGCCCGGAGGCAUAUACCUGGCACCCAUUGUCAGAUGAGAUCCGUUUAAAACUUGAUGCCAAUAAAUAUCAACGUUUCAACGAUGAUCCAUCUGCCCGCGAUCCAAAUGAAUUUAAAGAAAGUGAUAUGGAUUUAGUAAGACUGCUAAUAGAUGAAAGUACUUAUGUCAAAUAUCGUCAAUAUAAACAGGUAGGUUUUGCAGCUAGUGCCACAGAUAAAGCAGCAAUUUUAAAAUACGGUCAACUGGUUGGCAAACCAUUGGCUCAUCGUAUGCUCUAUGUAAAAAUGUAA